GAGUGCAACCAGUCAGUUCGUUUUGCAAUUGAAUUAAUAAUUACACGACGACGAGGAAAAGUCAAGUAUUCUUCUCGAUCUAUCGUUACCGAAUGGUGACAAAAAUUUAUUUCGAAUAAUUCAAUAUAGGAUACACUAUCAAAGGAAUCGUGUUUGUUGAAGAGUACUGGGUAUUACAAAAUAAAAUCUAAAUAUUAUAAAUAUAUGUAAGCGCCGGUUCAGAUAAAGACCAAAACGAUCAGCAUCGUCACUUUGACAAAAUACAUCAAGAACAUCAGACGUGUAUUCCCUAAUUUUGGAAGAUGGCGAAAUUUCAACGUGAUCUAGGCAUUGCGCUAAUAUUUUGGUUCGGUUUAUUUACAUUUGCAACAUGUCAUGUAGUACCAGAAGGCACGAAUUUACGAUUUGUGAGCGCGCUUUUCAGACAUGGCGAUCGUACAGUAGACACUGAAAACCAUGAAACUUAUCCAAAUGAUCCAUAUAAAGAUAUAGUCUACUAUCCAGAUGGCUCCGGUCAGUUAACUAAUACGGGCAAGAAAAGAGCAUAUCAAUUAGGACAGAUACUAAGAAACAGAUACAACUGUUUUCUCGGAGAUUUAUACUAUCAACCAAAUGUCUACGCACAAAGCACAAAGAUAGCUAGGACCAAGACAACCUUACAGUUAGUUAUGGCGGCACUUUAUCCACCUACUGAAAUGCAAAUUUGGAAUCCGCUGCUUCCUUGGCAGCCAAUAGAUUUUAUAUAUAAUGUUAUGGAAAAUGAUAAUCUGUUAUUUUCAGUUAUGUGUCCCGUAUAUAAGCGACCUUAUCACGACAUGUUACAAAACAAUCUGACAGUAAAAACAGAAGUAGCAAAGUUUGCUGAUUUAAAGAAACAAUUAUCGAUCUAUACAGGAAAAAAUAUUACCUCAAUCUACGAUCUCCUGCUUAUAUUUAGUACUUUGUCUACAGAAUCAUCUCUUGGACUACGUUUACCAGAAUGGACGCGUAGCAUAUUUCCAAAUGGCAAACUUUUAGAUGCUUUUAUUUUACAACUUGAUCUAUUUAGCUACGGCUCGUUAAACAAACUUAAUGGAGGUGUAUUAUUACGCAAAAUAAUUAACGAUAUGGACAAAGUGAUCAAUGGAACUUUAAAANUGAGGAAGAUCAAUCUUUUUUCUGCACACGAUCUGAACGUGAGCGCAAUGUUGCAUGCUUUAAAUAUAUUCGAUUCCCGUCCUCCAAAAUACACGAGCAGUGUUAUCAUAGAAUUGCAUGAAAAGAAUGGCGUUUUUUUUGUCAAAGUGCUAUAUUAUUUAGGCAUUCCACCAAAAAUAAUAGAAAAAAGCAUCCCCGGUUGCGCGAUAUUAUGCCCAUACGAUAAAUUCGUUCAAUUAACAUCAGCAUCAACUGCGACGGAUGAAGAAUUGGAGUGUCCAGAAAAAGUGACCGUUAGUUUUGAUUUCUGA